UCAACGAUGGUGAAAGUAGCGUCGUGAAAAGCAAUUCUUCAGAUUUAGCGUUGGUAAUAGCUGGGCCGAGGGCUGGUCGCCGCAUGGGUGGCUACGUCGACUUUAAGCUGGCGAAGAAGCUUUUUGGCAACGUAUCGCCAGACGAGGCUGCUCAAAACAUGGCUAAUCGUCUGACCGAUCUCAACCGCAAUAUGGAAGAGACCUGCAAACAUCACUGUUGGUGCGCCAUUGAUUGCGUUGCAAAUACGGUUCGAUACCGCUUUAUCGAGUCCAACGGACCACGUCUGCAAACCGUCACGGAGGACACGCCACUUGUUGAUAGAUACUUUGUGUGGCCUGUGAGGGAAAUAAACGAUGUCAAAGAAGCUGAGGAGUUGGUUGUAAGUAACAAGGCUGCCCAUAUUAUGGCCUGCAACGGCUGGGUAAUGAACGCGGAUCCACUGAAGAAUUUUGCCGAUCCCGACUCUGAUGUCUACGUUAGGCGUGAGCUUGUUGUCUGGGGCGACUCUGUGAAGCUCAGAUAUGGUGACCGUCCUGAGGCCUGUCCGUACUUAUGGGAUCGAAUGCUGACCUACGCCAAGAUCUCCGCAAAGAUAUUCCACGCCAUUCGUUUAGACAACUGUCACAGCACCCCCAUUAAUGUGGCUCAAGCCAUGUUAGAUGCAUGCCGCGAAGUUCGUCCCAAUGUAUUCAUUCUGGGCGAACUUUUUACCGGAAAUGAGGGCUCGGAUAACGUAUUUAUAAAUAAACUUGGCAUCAGCGCGUUGGUCAGAGGUAAUUUGUUGCCCUCACUUAUAUCGCUAUAUUCUACUAUCACUUUUGAAUGUUCUGCCUAA